AUCUAGUAUAUGAACUGACAUACUCGUCCUCUUCCGGGUGUUUUCGAAAAGACUUUCACUGAGCAGUGGAUGGACUCAGUGUGCUCGAAUGAUACAAACAUUAACUCCAACUCAAUCAAGAUCAUUUAUAUGAAAAGAUCCCUGCAGCAGCAAAGAGAGCGGUUGUAAACUGAGGGCAGGUUUAAUCCUUCGGCACGAGGAAAAGAAUGUCAGAAGCUAGUUUUGAUUCAGAGAAGAAUGCCUCACAGGAUAAUGAGUUGGACCCGAAAGAACAGGGCCCUCAAAAUACCGCUGACUCUCAGAGCCAGUCAGAGGCUAGUGAAAACAGCCUGGAUGAAACACACAUGACUGAAAUUGACAUCAAUGAAAACAAGGAAGCUGAAAACCACAGCCAUAUUGUGAAUGAUGAUGAUGAUGAUGCUGAUGAAGAUGAUUAUGAGGAUCAGGCCAAGACAAAAACUAGUGAAGUCCUUAAAGAUGUAAAGGAAAAUGCUGAUGUUGAAAGAACCAGCAGUGUGGCAUCUGUGAUGACAGAAGCUGAUGUCAAGGUGGCUAUGGCGGAAGAGGCCCACAGAAGCCCAGCUGCUCAAAUCUCAGUCACCAGAAACGGAGAGUCCGACAGGAGUAACGAGGAUGUGUUUCAGAGGGAUGUGCCAUAUGGUCUCUCCUCUGGACCAAUGACGUCACACUCCCACAAUUCACCUGAAAACUAUGCAGUGACUGAGGGAGUGGUCGAAGUGGGGCCAUACACAGGUGCUUUAAGAGAAGAGCAAAAUGCAGGAGCUGUGGUCCUUGCUGAUGACAUAAAGAGUCCUGCCAUAGAGAAACUGGAGCUGGUGAGGAAGUGGAGCAUCAACACAUACAAAUGCACUAAACAGAUCCUAUCAGAGAAGUUAGGUCGUGGUUCCCGUACGGUAGAUCUGGAGCUGGAGGCUCAGAUCGAGGUUCUUCGUGACAAUAAACGCAAGUAUGAACACGUGAUCAAACUGGCCCAGACACUUGUCACUCAGCUGGGACAGAUGAUGCUGACGCAGAGACAGCUUGGAGACGCAUUUGCUGAUCUCAGUCUCAAGACACCCGAGCUACAUGAGGAAUUUGGCUACAAUGCCGAAACCCAGAAACUUUUAGCAAAAAAUGGAGAAACACUUUUAGGAGCUAUCAACUUCUUCAUCUCCAGUGUUAAAACUCUAGUGGACAAAACCAUAGAGGACACCAUGAUCAACAUUAAGCAAUAUGAGACAGCAAGGAUUGAGUAUGAUGCGUAUCGCACGGAUUUAGAAGAGCUCAAUCUGGGUCCACGGGACACCAACACACUGCCCAAGAUUGAGCUGUCUCAACAGCAGUUCCAGAUUCACAGAGAAAAAUAUGAAAAGAUGCGUAAUGAUGUCUCGGUCAAACUUAGGUUUCUGGAAGAGAACAAGGUGAAGGUUUUACACAACCAGCUGAUUCUCUUCCAUAAUGCUAUCGCAGCAUACUUCGCUGGCAACCAGCAGCAACUGGAACAGACCCUCAAACAGUUCCACAUCAAACUAAAGUUACCAGGAGGAGACGCCCCCUCUUGGUUAGAAAGCAGCACCGAUUGAUCCCCCUUCUCCAAAGUAGUAUCUGAGCGGAUGGCAGAAUGCUUGAAAUGUGUACACUCCAUAAGAAAACCAAAAUGUUUUGCUAUCGUUCCUUUCAGUUUUUUACUCCGUUCAGGACACUAAAACCUGUCAGGAAAAUGUUUAAGACGGGAAGCAAUUUUGAUAAAGAAGAGUAAUGUUUUGCCCCUCCUUUUGCUAUGUCUGACUUGACACUUGACCUUUAAUUUUAAAUAAAUGCUUUUUGGCUUCGGUGAGAGAGUUUACACUCUCUCUUGUGCAACAUAAAAUAAUCUUGUUUCGCAAUCAAUUUGCCAGCACUUUAUGGAAUAGGAAAAACAAACAAAUUAAAAGAAAGAAAUGACAAUUCAGAACCAAACUGGUCUUUGGCUGAAAAGUGCUAUCAGCUCUUUUUAGUUGAUAAUAAGGAUUAAUUAUAGAGUUAAUUCUAAAAUUUUCCUAUUUUCUCAUUUGUAGACUUCAAUAGUGCCCACCUCUCCCUAAUAUUUAUUUUCUAAUAAAACCACAUAGUUGGAAGUUGUGUAAAUCUCUGCACUGCCUACUUCAAAGGAAGGUGGGACCGAAUAGGGGAUAAGGAUAGUAAAGUAGGACAGACUUGCAGCAGUUCAAGUAUACUUUGUUUACUGUUGUAAAAGAGGGAAAGCAUGGGAUAAUCACAGGUUAAACAUGUCAAGUUUUGUAAGCUUCAAAUGUAAGCUUUUAUCUUUAAUGGUUGCUAUACAUUUUUAAAGUGAAUCUUUUGUAGAGUGCAUGGGAAAUUAAUGUUUAAUUUCUGGCUCAAUGUGCCUUUCUCUGUAAAUCGAAUUCCGUGUUGGCAGGUGUUCCGAACAUUCCCAUUACUAUUUUACAGACCACAGAAUGGACCAAAACACGCAUACUUGCAGCCCUGGAUAAUCACACAAAGAUAUUGUAUUUUCAAUACUUACAGUAUGUGCAAGACAAGCAACUUCUAUUUAAUCUGUACAUGAAACAAUCUCUAUUAUCUGUUUUUAGAAGUAACCACUUUUUGCAUUCCAUUUCCUCAAUGACCAAGUCAGGAAGCCGUUUUUUUAUGAAAUAUAAACCAAAUUGACUUGACACAUUGUACAGUACCUUGUCAGCUGCUUCAGUUGUUUAUUUUUUUAUUUAGGAUUUUGUUUUUUACCCUUUCCUAAACCAAAAGAGCUCUUUAAAUCAUUACUCUCAGAUUACUACAUUGUCCAAUCAAACUCAUAAGUCUAAAACUCUGUACUUAUACUAUAUUAAACUAGUAUCUGCCCAGAUAUUAAUUGCAUGUUUACAUGGUACAUUUUGGCAUUUAAAGAUUUCUACAAUGAACCACCUGUCUUACCAACUUUUUAUUUAAUUUACAGUUGUUUGUAACUUUAGUUCUGUUCCAGCAGCAAACAAACACCAAUGUACAGUAAACAUGUAAGUUCACAUGUAUAGGCAUAGAAACACAUCUAUAUAUUUGUAAAAUCUUGUAUUUUACAUUGGUAUAAAAUAUUUCCUUUUUUAAUAUUUGUUAAGUGAUGAAUUCAAGCGUUUGAAAGAAAAAAUCCUAAAUGUUGUUUAUGGGAGAAAACUUUCCAUUAUUGAAUCAUUUGUGUGAUUUAUUUAUAUUCAUCUUAUGAGUUUGCAGACACCUUUAAAAUUCAAACAUGUUGUGGAAAGUUACUAUGAACAUGAUUUCUCAUAAGCCUGAAUAUUUCCUACAGAGGGCACUGUUCCGUUUCAUACAAGUUUGCUUCACUUGUUUGAGUUAAAUGCUGUGAACGGGAAGAAGUGUUUUUUAAUAAAGGAAAUGGUGCCUUAA